AAAGGCUGCAGAGAGUCGCCACAGCAAACGCUACACACGAGUAACGGUUGAGUCUCCUCUUUGUUUAGCUCUCAGUAUGGCGGCUGUAGUGAGUGGGCUGUGGCGCGCGCACAGUGUGCUCGCGGACUCGGAGCCGGACAGCUCUCCCGAAGCCCCUCAGCAGAACCUCCGCCAGCUCCGCUCGUCCAGCUCCCUAAACUCUCUCAGGAUGUCCCUGCGGAAGAGGCUACCCCUGAAGACCGUUCAGCCCAACACAAAUGUCCAAGAGAAUCCCACCUGGGAGUCACUCGAGAUCAACAAGAAGACGGGCGCUGUGACCCAGAUAAGGCGCACUGCAAAGAACUCCAUUGGCAGUGCCUAUCAGAAAUUUCAGAGGAGCUUAGGAUCACGUGAGGAGUGUCUGGUAAGGACACCUGGAAAAAUCAUAGAAGGAGAAGAAAAUGAUGGUACGACUACAUGCACCCCAAAACGGCCCGCGUCUCGCUCAGCAGUAACCCCAAGGCGUACCCCAAGGUCAGCCAGCAAGCGUACCCCUCGGGGAGCACACACCCCAGAGGCUCAUGUGAGAGCUGUAAGAACAGGAGGUGGCAGGAGACAGCUGGUGCGUAUGGCGGCUCUCAGAAGCCCAUUCGCUUCACCCAACAGGAGGCAGUUUGAUCAGGAUCUGGACUGUGUAGCAAAAGGCCUCAGGAGACUAAGGAGUAUCUCCCAGGCCUUCAAUGAUGUCAUUAGUAGAGAUGACCGGAAGCAGGCCAUGGAGCACUAUAAAAGUGUGAUGACCCAGGGCUAUAGCUCCACUCAUAGUAGUGUCUCUGGAAAAUUGACCAGAGCCUCUAUCCAACAGCAGACCCGCCGCAUCCGACAGAGAGUGGGCAGCUGGACUGACAGUACGCUCUCAAACAUCCACAAAGCCACUUAAAGAGGGACACGGCUUUCUUCUUUCACUGCUUUGUCGUGUGUGUGUGUGUGUGUGUGUGUGUGUGUGUGUGUGUGUGUGUGUUCAAGUUUGGUCUUGUCUGCCAGCUGUGGCCUUUCGAGGAGGUACACUCUUCAGGGUAACUGUCCUCAUUCUUUCAGUCCUUUUUUAUGUGUAUAGGAUGAACUGACUAUUGUUGUUUGAGAAGUAUUCAGUCCAUUUUAUUGAUUUGCUCCGCUACUGUCAGUGUUGUGUUGUCAAAAGCCAUCAAAUUGUUACUAGUGGCAAAUAUGCAAAAGAUGAAUACCAAAUUUGUAUUAAAAAAGAAAUUGUCAGUGUUCAUGUAAUACGGAGACAUUGCAGUUUCACCAAAGGUUUAUCCUGUUUAAAAAGGUGUCAUAUGCAAAGGUUCAAACACCUCAGGUCAAAU